GAGCGGAGCGGAGGACGACGGAGGGCGAAGGGGGAGGCGAGGGGAGGGGGAGAGGGCAGGAGGGCCGGGGCCUUGGUACGAGGAGGAGACGACGAGAAGCGGCUGGGGGCGAGAGUCGAGUGCAUGAGUGCGUGCGGGGUCGGAGAGGAGGAGGAGCAUCACCUCGCACAGCGGAGCAGCAAAGGAGGAGGAGCAGGAGGAGGAGGAAGAAGCAGAAGCAGAAGUCGCAGCAGCUGUUGUGGAGGAAUCCGGGUGUAUGAUGUGUAAUUGAACGGGAGAACGCACGAGAUACCUACGGCGCCCUCGGGUUCAAUCUGUAAACUGUUGGAUUGGCAUCACAAGUGAUGGCAUUGGCAGCGGCAGCACCUCUGUGUAGUUGGUUGAUUGCCGCGUAUGUAUCUAGCGCAGUAGGAGGGCUCACUGGAGAAGAUACUUCGUUGAGCUCAGGACCGGCAGGAAGAAGAUCAAGAAGGAGGAGAAGUGCUCGCUUGAAGCAGUUGACUGGAGAUGGAUGGGCGCCUUUUUCGAUGGCUGGUAACUUCCUGGCUGGAGGGCAAACAGGUUCUCUUUCAUGUGGGAGUUUAGUCGCCUUUUGUGGAUCGAGCUUCUCAGGACUAGGAUCGUGCCUCACUUUCGAAGGGUGCCCCGAGUAUCACAAGCAGCCUCAAAUUUUCGGGGAUUGUAUGCCGGGCUUUUUCGGAGAUGGGAUGGCGGGGUUACGGUCGAAGUCCUUACGAGCUGCCCGCAGGCACAGCAAAACGAGGGCAGGUAAAGCAGUUGCCAUUGCCGUCCAGCCAAUCAGAGAAACUUCGGAGAAAAAGAAAUUGGCCACAAAACCAAGGAGGGUGGUUGUCACUGGAAUGGGGGUGGUUUCUCCACUCGGACACGAUCCCGACAGUUACUACGAAAAUCUUCUUGCGGGCCGUAGUGGGAUAUCGGAGAUAGAGGGCUUUGAUUGCAAGGAUUUUCCUACGAGAAUCGCCGGAGAAAUCAAAUCAUUUUCAACAGAUGGUUGGGUCGCACCGAAGUUUGCCAAGAGGAUGGACAAGUUUAUGCUGUACCUCUUGACUGCGGGGAAGAUGGCAGUGGCUGAUGCCGGAAUCACAGAGGAUGUCAUGAAAGAACUUGAUAAGACGAAGUGUGGGAUUCUUAUUGGAUCUGCUAUGGGCGGAAUGCAGGUGUUCAACGAUGCAGUUACUGCUCUCAGGACGUCAUAUCGCAAAAUGAACCCAUUUUGCGUCCCAUUUGCUACAACCAAUAUGGGAUCCGCCAUGUUAGCUAUGGAUCUGGGCUGGAUGGGACCGAACUAUUCCAUUUCAACAGCUUGUGCAACAAGUAACUUCUGCAUCCUAAGUGCUGCCAAUCACAUCCUUAGGGGUGAAGCUGAUAUCAUGCUCUCAGGUGGCUCCGAUGCAGCAAUUAUACCAAUUGGUUUGGGAGGUUUUGUGGCAUGCAGAGCUUUGUCACAGCGCAACGGGGACCCCAUGAGUGCGUCACGUCCUUGGGACUCGGAGCGAGAUGGGUUCGUCAUGGGCGAAGGAGCAGGGGCUUUGCUUUUGGAGGAACUAGAGCAUGCUAAGCAACGCGGAGCGACAAUUUAUGCGGAAUUUCUCGGAGGAAGUUUCACCUGUGAUGCUUAUCAUAUGACUGAACCUCACCCUGAAGGUGCGGGCGUUCGUCUCUGUAUCGAGAAAGCUUUGGCUCAAUCUGGAGUAAGACGACAAGAUGUGAAUUACGUGAAUGCCCACGCGACCUCUACUCGAGCCGGUGAUCUUCAGGAGUACAAAGCCCUCAUGCGAGUAUUUGGACAGAAUCCUGAGCUGAAAAUAAACUCAACAAAGUCAAUGAUUGGUCAUCUCCUAGGAGCAGCAGGAGCAGUAGAAGCAGUUGCUACAGUCCAGGCCAUCAGAACAGGUUGGGUACAUCCCACAAUUAAUUUGCAGUCUCCAGAAAAGGAAGUGGAUAUGAACGUAAUCGUUGGUGACAAGAAGCAAAGAUUGGAUAUCAAAGUAGCUCUAUCCAACAGUUUUGGCUUCGGAGGUCACAACUCCUCGGUUCUCUUUGCUCCUUACAAAGCAUCGAAUGAGAACUAGUCUGGCAAGCUCCAAGCAGGCUCUUGUAUUAUCCGACACUUUCAGUGAAUUUGGGCCAGCUGUUGCCCUUGUAGAUUGUCCUGUCAGAGGAGAUGAAUGUAUGGGCAGGAAAAGUUUGUGUUGUGCAUCAUAUGCUGAUGGAGGUGUAACUGUAUAGUGAUCGAGAAAGAAGCCCAUGUCCACUCCAGUGGCCGGUAUACAAUGUACCUCAUGGGUAAGGGGCCAGAGCCUUAAAGGCACGAGUUUCCUGGUCUUUUCUUUUCAACCCCCUUCUGUCUUCGGUGUAAGAAUUGUGUGCAAAGGGCUACCCUCGUGUAAUUCAAGUUCAGGGGGAGCAAUUGUGGGCACAUUGCGUGUCUGGGAACAUGCCCAUCACAUUCUUGUAAUCAAAAGCCAAUUAUUCGGAUGAAUGUGGGUGCAUUGUGCAUG